ACAAACUUGGGUUUGGGUAUAAAGGCUACUCGUAAUGGCCAGUAAGACCACUGUCGACUCGAAUAGUGUCCAUCAGCCAAAAACAACAUGAAGGUGUUUGUAUUCCUCUCCAUCGUUGCCAUCGCUUCUUCUCGCUACGUCGUGAAGAGAAAUGCUUAUGGAGAUGAGCAAGUGACUCCAGCUCCAGCAGCUUCUGCACCAGCCCCAGCCGACGCUCCAGUAGAACAAGCCCCAGUUGCCGUCCCAGCCCCAGCUCCAGCCGCUGCUCCAGCCCCAGACUGCGGAUCAGCUGCCCCAGCACCAGCUGCCCCAGCCGCCACUGAUUCCGGAUACAGAAGCAAGAGAAACGCCUACGGAGAUGAACAAGUGACUCCAGCUCCAGCCGCCGCCGCUGAAGCCCCAGCCGAUGCCCCAGUCGAGCAAGCCCCAGUCGCCGUCCCAGCCCCAGCUCCAGCUGCUGCUCCAGCCCCAGACUGUGGAUCCGCCGCUCCAGCUGCUGCUGCUCCAGCUGCUGCUGCUCCAGCCGCCACUGAUUCCGGAUACAGAAGCAAGAGAAACGCCUACGGUGAUGAGCAAGUGACCCCAGCCCCAGCUGCUGCUCCAGCUCCAGCCGAUGCCCCAGUUGAACAAGCUCCAGUUGCCGUCCCAGCCCCAGCUCCAGCUGCCGCCCCAGCCCCAGACUGUGGAUCCGCCGCCCCAGCUCCGGCUGCUCCUGCCCCAGCCGCCACCGACUCCGGAUACAGAAGCAAGAGAAACUCUUACGGAGACGAGCAAGUGACUCCAGCUCCAGCAGCUGCUGCACCAGCCCCAGCCGAUGCCCCAGUUGAACAAGCCCCAGUCGCCGUCCCAGCUCCUGCUCCAGUCGCUGCUCCAGAUGUUGAGUGUGGAUCCGCUGCUCCAGCUCCAGCUGCUGCUGCUCCAGCCGCCACUGACUCUGGAUACAGAAGCAAGAGAAACUCUUACGGAGACGAGCAAGUCACCCCAGCCCCAGCUGCUGCUCCAGCUCCAGCCGAUGCCCCAGUUGAGCAAGCCCCAGUCGCCGUCCCAGCUCCAGCUCCAGCUGCCGCUCCAGCUCCAGACUGUGGAUCCGCCGCUCCAGCCCCAGCUGCUGCUCCAGCUGCUACCGACUCUGGAUACAGAAGCAAGCGAAACGCUUACGGAGACGAACAAGUAACCCCAGCUCCAGCCGCCGCCGCUGAAGCCCCAGCCGACGCUCCAGUUGAGCAAGCUCCAGUUGCCGUCCCAGCCCCAGCUCCAACCGCCGCUCCAGCUCCAGACUGCGGAUCCGCUGCCCCAGCCGCCACUGAUUCCGGAUACAGAAGCAAGAGAAACGCCUACGGAGAUGAACAAGUGACUCCAGCUCCAGCCGCCGCCGCUGAAGCCCCAGCCGAUGCCCCAGUCGAGCAAGCCCCAGUCGCCGUCCCAGCCCCAGCUCCAGCUGCUGCUCCAGCCCCAGACUGUGGAUCCGCCGCUCCAGCUGCUGCUGCUCCAGCUGCUGCUGCUCCAGCCGCCACUGAUUCCGGAUACAGAAGCAAGAGAAACGCCUACGGUGAUGAGCAAGUGACCCCAGCCCCAGCUGCUGCUCCAGCUCCAGCCGAUGCCCCAGUUGAACAAGCUCCAGUUGCCGUCCCAGCCCCAGCUCCAGCUGCCGCCCCAGCUCCGGCUGCUCCUGCCCCAGCCGCCACCGACUCCGGAUACAGAAGCAAGAGAAACGCUUACGGAGACGAGCAAGUGACUCCAGCUCCAGCCGCCGCCGCUGAGGCCCCAGCUGAUGCUCCAGUCGAGCAAGCCCCAGUCGCCGUCCCAGCCCCAGCUCCAGCUGCUGCUCCAGCCCCAGAUUGUGGAUCCGCCGCCCCUGCCCCAGCUGCCCCAGCCGCCACUGACUCUGGAUACAGAAGCAAGAGAAACGCCUACGGAGAUGAGCAAGUGACCCCAGCCCCAGCUGCUGCUCCAGCUCCAGCCGAUGCCCCAGUUGAGCAAGCCCCAGUCGCCGUCCCAGCCCCAGCUCCAGCCGCUGCUCCAGCCCCAGACUGCGGAUCUGCCGCCCCAGCUCCAGCUGCUCCAGCCGCCACCGACUCCGGAUACAGAUCUUAAAACCCUUCAAAAUGUUGUUCACAAAUCUCAGCGAACUGCCAGUCAAACUUCUCAUCAGGAACUAAUAAUCUAGAUUCGAUUUGAUAAAAAGUAUUCUAAAAAAUGAAAUAAAAUCGUUUAAAACUAAACUGAUAACUG